CUCCCUUGACGGCAUAUCGCCGCCUGCAGCUUGUUGAGAGAUAGAAAGGAGGGGCAAGCUUAAGGGGCGCGAGCAAAGCAGGGACAGACUGGGCAGCAAGAAUCGGCGAAGAAAGAGACUAGCAAGUACAUGCCUAGGGCAGCAGGGGCGCGACGACAGAGCGACGAUUUCGACGAAUCGAUCCCACUCGCGACCUUUGGUGGUACCCAGCAGCGAAAACAACGGCGAGACGACAGACAACAAGAGGAACCAGGCAUCAUGAAGUUCUCGCACAGCUUGCAAUUCAAUAGCGUGCCCGACUGGGCCGACAGGUACAUUGCCUACUCGAAUCUGAAAAAGGCCAUCUACAACCUCGAGCAGGAGCAGCCGCCCGACGUACCUCCCGCUGCCUCCAAUGUCGGCGACGACAUCGAGCAAGAGUCGGCUGCGCUCCUGGCCCACUCGUCUCCGUCGGAUGCUGACACGACGUUUGUGCCGCUGCUGGACAAGGAGCUGCGCAAAGUCGUCGCCUUUUACGGCCUCAAGGAGGCGGACCUGUUCAACGACCUCGACAAGCUCCGUGCCGACCUUGACCGGACAGAGGCUGAAGAGGGCGCUUACGAUGACGACCGAGACGACGAUUUUUCAGACGAGGAUGCGGUAGGAUCCGACGAUGGAGACGAGGGUGCCGAACCACUGUCGACGCCGACAACGAUGAGGGGCACGCGCCAGCGCCGAGCAAGUCUCGAAAACCUUUUCCAGGAUCCACAGCGCUACAACGAAGCGUCUAGGGAGGAGCGGGAGUUGCGAGGCUGGACGACCAGACCAAAGGCGAUGCGCCGUCAGAGCCGAGCGGGCCAGCAGGCGACGGCAACAAGCGCCGCCGGUGGAGACGAGCUCGUCGACACGUCGACCAGUGUGGAUGCUGAUGCACCCCCGCACAGACCCAGAAGGCUGAGCCAAGCACUGGCAGACGAUAGCCCCAACGGCGCCCCAUCUACACGACCUCGGCGCACUUCGACCCAGGGCCCCGUGCGGCGACUGUCGAGCAUGUUCAAGCGACGGUCAUCCUACCGCAAGUCGCUCGGCAUCGUCAGUACAGGCGGAGACGGCCAGGCGACCGAGGCGGGGUCCUCUGCUAGGCCGGGUGACCUGUCUGCGUCCAUGUCGCGAGGAACAGGCGCAGAGAGCGAAGGAGGAGCUUGCAGCUUUGCCGAGAACAAGAGCAUGAGCGUCUGGACCGCGGAAAACGACUGGGCCAUCGACCUGCGCAUCACGUUCAAGAAGCGCAUCACCAAUCUCUUUGUCACCAUGAGCGAGCUCAAGCAGUUUGUCCAGCUCAACGAGACGGGCAUCAAGAAGAUUGUGAAAAAGUACGACAAGAUCCUCAAGUCUAAUCUGAAGGACCGCUACCUGUCCGACGUUGUGGCUCUCCAGUACCCCUUCCAGGCUCCCACGCGGGCCAAGCUCGACGACGCCAUCGCGGGGUUGACCAACUACUAUGCAAAGGUCGUGACCUCGGGUGACAUGGAUGCCGCCUCGUCGCAGCUCAAGACCUACCUUCGCGAGCAGGUCGUCUGGCAGCGCAACACCGUCUGGCGCGAGAUGAUUGGCAUCGAGCGCAGGGCUCAGGGUGCUACGCUGGAGCAGAACAUCAUGGGCAGCCGCAUGAUCCAGGACGGCGAGGAGGUGAAGCCGACCCGCAUCUGGACUCCCUUUGGCAAGGUUCGACUUCCGCACUGGCUCGGCAUCUCGACGGUGCAGCUCUUUGUCGCCUUUGCCAUGCUUACGCUGCUUCUCAAGGCGCCCGGCCUGCGCUUCUUCAGUCGCAUCGAGGAGCAGAACUGCCUCGCCAUGCUCGUCUUUUGCACCAUCCUCUGGGCCACCGAGGUGAUCCCUCUUUUCGUCACGUCCCUCAUGGUACCGCUUCUGGUUGUCACGCUGCGAGUAGCGAGGACUGACGACAUCGAAGACCGGCGCAUGACGGCGCCCGAGACGACCAAGUGGAUCUUCUCCCAGAUGUUUGCGCCCAACAUGUGCCUGCUUCUGGGUGGUUUCACGCUCGCCGCUGCUCUGUCCAAGUACAGCAUCGACAAGCUCCUGGCCCAGAAGGUGCUUCGCCUGGCUGGAACAAGGCCAGCGACGGUGCUGCUUGCUCACAUGGCAGUGGCCUGCUUCGCCAGCAUGUGGAUCUCCAACGUCGCUGCGCCCGUGCUCAUGUACUCGCUCAUCCAGCCCAUUCUCCGCAACCUGCCCUCCAAGUCGCCCUUCGCCUCUGCCCUCAUCAUGGGGAUCGCUCUGGCGUCCAACAUUGGCGGGCAAACGUCGCCCAUUGCCUCGCCUCAGAAUCUCAUUGCGCUGCAGUACAUGGACGACGAGCCCCUCGGCUGGCUCCAAUGGUUCGCCAUCACGAUUCCCGUCUCGGGCUUGAGCCUGAUCAUCAUCUGGCUCCUCUUGCUCUGGAGCUACGGUUCGGGCCGAGGCACCGUCAUCAAGCGCGUAGGCGAGAGCCGCGACUCGUUUACAGGCAUCCAGUACUUCAUCUCGGCCGUCGCCUUGGCUACGAUUGUACUGUGGUGCCUCGAGAGGAACUUUGAGCACAUCGUCGGCGACAUGGGCGUCAUUGCUAUCCUGCCCAUGAUUCUCUUCUUCGGCACGGGCAUCCUGACCAAGGAAGACUUCAACAACUUCCUGUGGACCAUCGUCUUCCUGGCCAUGGGAGGAAUCGCCCUCGGGAAAGCCGUCACGUCGAGCGGACUCCUGGCGUCUCUCGACGAGUUGAUCCAGGAGCUCGUCAAGGGCAUGCCCAUCUGGAAGGUCAUGUGCUCCCUCUUGGCCAUCUGCCUCGUCGUCGCCACCUUUAUCUCCCACACCAUUGCGGCCGUGCUCCUCGUGCCCAUCGCCGCUCAAGUUGGAGACAGCCUCGCGGAGCCGCACCCGCGGCUUCUCAUCAUGGCCACAGUCCUCACAGCCUCGGCAGCGAUGGGCCUGCCCGUCUCGGGCUUCCCCAACAUGGCCGCGUCGGCGCAGGAAGACUCUACGGGCAAGCGCUACAUCCGAGUCAGCGACUUCCUCCGCGUCGGCAUUCCCGCGUCGAUCCUGGCCACCAUUGUUGCAGGCAUGCUUGGCUAUGCCAUCAUGUCCCUCCUUGGUCUGUGAUCCAUUCUUCCUCUUACAGUACAGUACAAGCACUAGAUUACACAAUGGCCCUGUUUUGCCUCUCUCUCUUUUCGAGCUCGUCAUGACACGUCCAUCUUUUCAUCUUGCUGGGCGAGGAGUGUGUCUGCUCGUUGUGUGAAGUUUCCUCGGACGGUU